ACUUUUCUUUUCUUCCUUGAGACACCAAACGGCCGAAUGGGAAUGGAAUAAAUGAGCGAAUGACUUUUGGGCUCUUUAAUAUGCUUUUAAAAAGCAUUUCAAGGUGUUAUAUGAUAUGCCAAACAAAACACAAUGUUAAAUGUGUUAGCAGCUUUUCAAGUGGAAGUACUAUAGAUUCCUUGUUUCUUCAUUGCAUUUGCAUGGUGUUUUCUUCCUACUGAAGUAAGCUAGUUGCCUCUCAUUAGUAAAGCUACUUCAUUUGACUGUGCAAUUCUCAGAAGAAGGAUCAGUGGAUAUGAUGAUUGAAGGUGAAGGUAGUAGUAGCAGCAAGAAGAGAGGAGUUCAAAAUCAUGACGAUGGCUUCAUUAAUACUCUCUUUUCUUGGUCUCUUGAUGACAUUUGUAAUGAAAAUCUUUUCAGUCAUAAGGUGGAAAAAAUUCCUGAAUCAUUUGAGUCUGUCACUCAGUAUUUCGAAUCAUUUGUUUAUCCUUUGUUGGAAGAAACACGAGCACAACUGUUUUCACCCAUGGAGACCAUUUCAAGCGCACCUUAUGCUAAUGUGGAUGUUUUUAGGCCCCAUGGACCUGAGUUACAUGAUGUUAAGAUUGAUUACUGGAGGAACAGGUUCAGUAACAAUGGUAAAGAGCCUUAUAAAACUUUGCCAGGGGAUAUUUUAAUUUUAGCAGAUGCGAAGCCUGAAACUAUUUCCGACUUGGAGAGGGUUGGUAAAAUGUGAUCUUUUCUAUCAGUCAUGAAAAUCGCAGGGGAUGAUGAUGAAAAUGAUAACGAUACCACUUCUACUUACUUUUAAGUGAAGGCUUCAAAAAGCAUCCAACAGUUUGAUGGGGAGAAAUCAUUGUUUGUGAUUUUCUUGACAAAUAUUACACCUUACAGAAGAAUAUGGAAAUCCUUGAAAAUGUCUGGAAAUUUGAAG